AUGGGUUUUUUUUUCUCGUACGGUCCGCAUCGUCGUCGGAAACCUGCUGCGGUCGUUGUGCCCAUAUCUGGUUAUGGUGGCGGUGGUGGCGGUGGUGGCGGUGUCCAUCCGACAGGUGGUGGCGGCGGUGGUGGUGGUGGUGGUUGUGGUUGUGGUUGUGGUUGUGGUGUUGGUGCUUUUACGCCGGCCAAUGUUUGUUCACGUUCAAGAUGGCGUCAAGCGUCAUCGACGGGUGACGUCGUAUCCAUUGUGGCGCUGCAUCCGACAGAUGAGAUGACUAAGCAAACAUGUCAUAGAUGCAACAAACAAGUCUAUCCGACGGAUAAAGUUGGCCCAUUAAAGGACUCGACAUUCUUUCAUCAAGGCUGCUUUAAGUGCUACAUUUGUGGUACUCGACUUGCGUUGAAGACCUACUGUAAUAAUCGUAGUGAUCAAAACGAUAAGGAAGUCUACUGUGCUAAUCAUGUCCCCAUUGCUGGACCACAUGAUCUACCACCGUCAAGAAGCGAAGGAUCACCCGUUGAAAAUGGCACCGGAAAAACAAGCAAUGGGCACAGGAGAGAUGCUGGACUUGCAGACAUGAAAAUAGCGCAUGCUAUCAAAGCAACACAAGUCGCUAAACCGUAUCCGAAAAUUGUUCACAAAGGAGCUCGAUACGCUGUGGACUAUGACGCUCAAACACGGCUAGAGUUGCUCCAUAGACGAGCCGAAGAUCAACUCUAUGACUCAUUCCAAAAUCAACGCACAAAAGAGAAUGAACAAUUCGAAUCGGAGACAAGGGAGGAAUGGGAACGUGCGCUGGCGGAUUUUGCACGAAAACAUGAAAAAGGUCAGGCUAAUAUAAGGAACAAGGACGAUCUCAUCCGUCAGUUAACAAUUAAAAGAGAGAAGAAGCUUGAGACACUUCACAGUAAACGACGAGAACGAGAACGUCAUCAAACGGCAGAACUCGUCGACAGACAAGCACGGGAAAUGCUGGACUUAUUCAAACAGGCUCGAUCGGAGCAACAAGCAGCAGACAGCUCGUACAGCAGCUCCGCCUACCCAUCGACUCCGCCUCCACCGCAACCACCAUCAUGUAGCAAACGUGACAUCUACACCAGUACUGAGUAUUUUUCGUCGAUUGAUGAGGUGGCGAUUCAUUGCGCUCGAAGCGAAAUGACUACAUUUACGGAUCUCAUCCGUGCGCUAACAAGUGGUGCAAGGAGCGAUAUUGACAUGGCACGAGCCAUUUAUCGUUGGAUAACGAUCAAAAACUUGAAUACGAUGAUCUUUGACGAUUCCAUUGAACAUGACACACCAAUGGGCCUUCUGCGUGGUAUUAAAUACGGUACCGAAAGUUACCAUGUAUUGUUCAAACGACUGUGCAGUUACGCCGGUUUGCAUUGUGUCGUUAUCAAGGGUUACUCGAAAUCUGCUGGAUAUCAGCCUGGCUACUCAUUUGAUGACAAUCGAUUCAGAAACACCUGGAAUGCUGUGUAUCUGGAUGGAUCAUGGCGAUUCGUACAAUGUAACUGGGGAGCACGCCACUUAGUAAACGCCAAAGACAGCGACAACGAAAAUCGCAGUGAUGGAAAUCUGCGCUACGAAUACGAUGAUCAUUACUUCAUGACCGAUCCCGAGGAGUUCAUCUACGAAUUUCUACCUCAUGACCCGAAUUGGCAGCUUUUACCACGUCCAAUAACAUUGAAACAAUUUGAACGAAUCCCCUUUGUAAGAAGUCUCUUCUUCAAGUACGGCCUCUCUUUCGUUGAUAACCGGCUGGAAAGCACACUUUAUACUGACAAAACCGGCGCAACAUCGGUGGCGAUAAGACUUCCGGAAAAAUCUGGUGACAGCCUCAUAUUUCACUAUAACCUCAAGUUUUUCGAUUCCGAUGAAAAUACCGUAAAUGGGUUGUCGUUGAAGCGAUUCGUAAUGCAGUCAGUGUCGAAUGGAGUUGUAAUGUUCCGAGUGCAUGCACCAUCUACAAGACCCUUAUUGUUGGAUAUUUUCGCCAAUAGUGUCUCAUCAGCGCAUUAUCUUACGGGACAACCGAUAAAGUUUAAGAGCGUUUGCAAAUUUAAGGUUGUCUGCGAUUCUCUACAAGUGAUUAUGGUCCCACUACCCGAAUGUGCCUCCGGUGAAUGGGGCCCUGCGAAGGCAACAAGAUUAUUCGGCCUUCGACCCAUAUCCCAUAUAGACGCGAUUAUUAACGCUGGUCGAAGCGUUGAAAUUAGAUUCAAGAUGACGAAACGCCUAUGUGAAGUCGUUUCUGCGCUGCAUCGUAAUCGUACUGACGAUAGAGUAUUGCAAAAUUGUUGUCGCACAAUACUAAAAGGAGAUCAGGUAUCGAUCUUCAUCGAUUUUCCCGAAGAAGGUCAGUACGGUUUGGAUAUCUAUACUCGCCAGGAUGACCAACUUGUGAAUGGCCGACAAUUACUAACCCAUUGUUGCAAAUAUCUUAUCCAUUCCAGAAAUUGUUAA